GGGCCUUGUGAGCUCCUUGCUUCUCCUCAUUUCAGGUUUCCUGGAUUAUGUCGAACCGCUCUCUUCCAUGGCUUCUCGGCGCAAUGAGGGGUUUUAUGAGACGAAUUCACGUGAGGCGCCUCCUCCAUCCUUUGAUCCUGCCUUGACCUUUGGACUCAACAGGCGGCGUGCGGCCGUCGUUUCUUUUGACACAUGGCAUCAAUCUUCGAUCGUGAGGUUGCUCCGAGAACACGCUAUCGCGUGAAGGGCCAACCCAACCUAUGCCGAAUCGAUAACACCCAUGUCACCGACUCGCGUGGGAUGGGAAUACAGCCGGGUGGCAAUCUGGCUGCCGCAUGUCAGUGCCGACCGGGAGUCGAGAUGGCUGGGCCGAAACCUCCAUUGGGAUGGCAUGUCAGGCUCUUCUUAAACCUGCUUGUCGCUGCCGUCCACCCCUCGGGUCGCCAUUCCCUGUCAACCUUGCGAUGUUCCGAUGCGGCGAUUUUCUCCGUCGAUGGAUGUCCGAGAUCUCAGAAAUACCGAGUGGAGAUAUGAUCAGUUUAUUGCCAAGCCAGAUAUCCCAAUCUUCAGUUCUCCAACAGCUCUGUGCUCAUGAUAGACGUACCAGCCAGAAACCAGAACUUCACUAGGCCCGAACGUCCAGAAGAACUCGAGAUAAGAAGCCAGAGUUCCUCUCCAGACUUUGAGGAGCAGAUUUUCAGUCGGUUUCCUCCGACGAGUCGUCGCGACUAUCAAGCUAACGCCUUUGCUCGAGUAGCAAGCGCUGGACUCAGACCAGUUACUCGUUGUCGGCGUGGUAGGAGGACGCGUGGUAGCCGCACUGAGCGGUGACAUCUCCUCCACUUUCAAGGCGGGCCCAGUCCAGCACGCACCAGAUUGAGGCGGAUUCGGUGUGAGCUCGCGGUGCAACUCCAACACGCGGAAUCACCAGUCCCCCUCGCGUGUCGGCGCUUCCGCGAAGACUCCAACCAACCACGCAUCUCCAGCCCAGACUUCACGACAGGAUAACCAAGUUGCUCUGCGUCAUGGAUUCUCCACACCAAGAUGACCUCGCGGCUGCCAUGGUAGCUGCUCCAACGGCCGUUCGGCCGGACAGUGACGCCGCUGCUACCUGUCCUGCCGCGUCCGCAGCGUUUUCUGCACCGCCUGCUCUUCCUCCUGCCUCAACCCCUGCUGAUCCCAUCUCGGAGCCUUCCCUUGCAACGGCGGCAGUUGGCUCUGCACCAAUUAUCUCUGGUCUGGCUGCUGCUGCGAGUGGGCCUUCCCUGACACAAUCACGUCUUAACUCGUCCGCCGGGUCUUUUAUCCUCCCUGGAGCCGUCCCCCUCCGCUGUUCUGUGGCUGUAGCGCCGCAUGCUUCACUGGAGUGUACUGCUGAGAGCAACCUGGUGCGAAGCUUAAGCAGCAGCCGUAGCAGGAGGGCGCGUGACAACCCUCAGCUACAGCCGCACGAGGAAUAUGAGUAUCGACUAGACACGAGGGCCCGAGGAAGGGAGGGGGUGGGAGGAAGAGGCGGGGGAAGAGGCAUGGAAAGUAAAGGAAUUCGAGGUGCGGAGAGCAGGGAAGUAAGCUUGGCAGGAGAGGGAGGGAGGGCAAGGGGUAUGAGCGUAGAGCAGCUUGAGGCGAGGGCAGGGAGGACAGAAGCUCGAGCUGAGGUUUCUAAGAGAAGUUCGUGGCUAAGUGGCCGAGGAGGGAGGAGAAGUGAUAACCCCAGGAAGCAGCAGCGGCUGCUUCCCAGCGAGGACGAAGUGAAGGAGGCUGCGACUGAUUGGCCAACGCUUGGAGCCACGUUGCGACGAGCCCUUGAGGCUGGGACUGAUUUGGGGAUCGGAAGCGCGCUUGGGACUGGUGGGAGUAGUGGGGAAGACAGGGAGGGGCAGGGUGCAGGGGUAGCGAAGGCGCAAGGGUGGAGCGUGUAUGAAGGGCAGGGGGCAGGUGAAGGGGCGGCAGGCCUUGCAAGGGAAGAGCUGGGCCAGCAGGCUGAAGUACUGGCAGAUCAGCUUAGAAAUUGGCAGCGAGACCAAUUUCAGCAGCAGCAGCAGCAGCAGCAGCAGCAGCAGCAGCAGCAGAGUUUUCCACAGUUCACUGCCAGCGGAGUGCCAGGCAUUGAGGGGCUAUGGAAGGGAGGAGGAUGUGGAGCCAGUCCCAAAGUGGACUUCGAGUGCAGAUUCUGUGGCAAGGGAUUUGAUUCUCCUCGCGCACUGGGCGGCCACAUGAAUCUGCACAGGAGAGAACGAAGGCUGGAAGACGUUUUUUUGCAGCAGGCAGAGACUCAAGCCCGGGCGGAUUUGCAGAUGCGGCAGCAGCAGCAGCAGCAACGACUGCUGCAGCAACACCAGGAGCAGCAGCAGCAACGGCUGCAGCUACAGCAGCAGGAGGAGCAGCAGCAACAGUUGCAGGCGCACCAAGCGGAGCAGCAGGAACAGCAGCUGCAGCAGCAACAAGGGCAGCAGCGGCUGCUGCUGUUGCAACAGCAGGAGCAGCAAGAACAGCAAAACCAACAGCAGCAGCUGCUGCAGCAGCAGCAACUGCAACAAGUUGAUUCGGACAACCAGCAGCAACUGGAAGUGCUGAUUCGAAAGCAGCAGCAGCAGCAGCAGCAGCUGAUCCCUGCAGCUAACCCUUCCUUUUUUGGUGUGUCAAACAGCACAGGAAGCAGUGCUUCCGUGCAGAAUCCCCAUGGCCCUUCUUCCCUCACUCCCAUAGCUCAUCCCGCUGUCACUCCCAUGGCUCUUCCUGGCGUUUCCGCCAGCAUGGGUUCAUCUCCUGCCACGGGUCAUGGUGUGACUGGUGAAUGGGUUGCAGUACUUGGUCCUGGUGUGGGUGGUGUGGGCAGUUUUAGUGGUAUUGGUGGUUCGGGUGGUUUAAGCGGCCUUCCAUUGAUGCACGGUGGUGGAGUGAAGCAGGAUGGAGGGAGCCAGCAGGAGCACAUGCAGAUAGACCCGGAAAGCCCUUGGCAGUAUCAGCUGCAGCAGCUGCAGCAACAGCAACAUCAGCUAUCCCUGCAGCAGCAGCAGCAGCAGCAGCAGCAGCAGCAGCAGCAGCAGCAGCAGCAGCAGCAGCAGCAGCAGCAGCAGCAGCAGCUCCAAUGCCAGCAGCAACAGGAUCAGCAGCUCCAGCAGCAGCAGCAACGAGAACGUUACCGACAGCAACUGCAGCAGCAGCAGCAGCGGCAGCAGCAGCAGUCGCAGUUUGCACGGCCCAGGCCACCAAAGGCUGUUUCCAGCAGGCCUCAGAGGGAGGUGCCUUCAUCCCUCUCCCACACUCCCACAUCCAGGCCUCCUCACACAGCCACGUGGCAGUCAACCCUGUUCAACCCAUCCCCACUGCACCGUCAGCUACCCCCUCUUCCCCCUGCAGUCCCCCUCCUCUCCACCCUCUCUCCCGAAGCCCUCCAAUCUCUCUUCCUCCACUCCUGCCCCCCAGGGACAGCCCCUACAGCCGCUGUAACACCACUUGCGGUUACCACCGCAUCCUCGCCUGCCCAUCCAGCUUCUGUUCCUCCUUCGCUUCCUCCCCCGCCCAUCGCUCCUGUAUUGCCAGUUUCCCACCCCUCUCAGCAGCAGUUCUUACUUGCUGAUUCCGUACCCACUCUGCUAGGGGUUCCACCUGCUGUGUUGGCAGCACUCAUUACAUCUGGUGUACUACCACCUGGCGUUACACCUGGGGUUACGUCUGGCAUUUCAUCUGAACGACCAGUGUCUGCCCCACCUGUAGUGGCAGCAGAGGAGCAGCAGCAGAGUGGCGUGCAAAGGAUGCAGGUGAAUGAGCAACUGACCCCAGUGCAGCAGUGGCCACCGCAGCAGGAGCAGAGGCAGUGCCAGCAGCAACAGCAGCAGCAGCAACAGGAACAGCUUCAGCAGCUGCAGGCGAUGGAAAUUUCUGGAGAAUUGAAAGGGGAAGGGGAGAGUGCACGAGUGCAGGCAGGGGCAGAUUCCGAGCAAGGGCAGAUGGCCGGAGGUAAUGUGGCAUGGCUGCGACCCCACGGGCGACUGCAGUCAGGGCAGCGCCAGCAGCAGCAACUGCAAGAGCAGGAGUUGUUAAGGCAGCUGUUGGCGCUGUCAGGGCAGCAAGAAGCGCCAUGCAUGGGUGGGGUUUUGCAGCAGCUGGGAGAGCAGCAGCAGGGGGGGCAGCAGCAGGGGGGGCAGCAGCGGCAGGGAGAGAGCAGUGCAGCAGGAACAGAAUGUGGGGGCGCACAGAAUGUGGUGCAGGGAUCUGGUGGAGGAGGAGAGGGGUCGCUGCAUGGUACCAGUGCUUUGGAUUGGCUGCCUGCAGGCUCAUACCUCCAGAGCUUAGCUAUGCCUGGCGUCACUAUGCCCGGUGUCACGAUGCCUGGUGUCUCUAUGCCUGGUGUCAUGAUGCCUGGGGUCUCUAUGCCUAGUGUCACAAUGCCUGGUGUCACUAUGCCUGGUGUCACUAUGUCUGGUGUCACUACACCCAGUGGGCCUAUGCCUGGUGUGACUUUGUCUGAAUCUUCUACUGCGCUUCCUUUCCUGACCUCUGGGCCUCUUGCCUCUGAACUUGCCUCCGCCCUUGCGAUUUUCUCGCCGUCACUGGUUGCUGAAUGCGGCUCUGCAACUCCUGGUGCUGCUACUCCCCUGGUUACUCCACAGUACGGUUCUUUAGCUGGUGGCGUUUCAUCUCAUGAUCCUUUACGUGCUGCCAUUUCAUCUCAUGAUCCUUUACGUGGUGCCAUUACAUCUCCUGGAGUCCAUGCCCCAUGGAUUCCACCUGCCUCCAUCCCACCAUUUCAGCAGCAUACCUUCCCCUCCUUGCAGCAGCCCUUGUCGGCGCAGCAGCAGGAGCCAUUGACCAGUGGAUUCACCUCUGGCCAGCAGCAGCAACCAUUGACUCCUCAGCUUGCCUUGGGCCAGCAGCAGGAGGGUGGCUUUCUGCCGGGGCGGCCAGUGCAAGGAGAAGGUGUGGGAGGGAUUGAGGAGGAAGAGCUGGCUAGGCUGGAGCAGCUUCGCCAGUUGUUGCUCUUACAGGAGCAGCUUAUGGGGGGACAGCCGGGGGGAGAGGAGCUUCAGCUGAGGAAGCAGAGGCUGGGGGGGAUGAGAGGUGUGGGAUGGUGUGGUGACUUGAACCAGCGGCUGGAGACAGAGGGUGAAGUGGACGCAAAGCACGAAAGGCAGUGCCGCUCAGAGGAAUGGGUGCAACACAGAACGAAGGGGUCAGCUGGGAGGAAGGAUCUGGAUGUUCCCACGCAUGGGAGUAACGAGGAGUAGAGCAGAAAUGUGCCUCUGUUGUAUGCGAGAAUUGCUCUGUCAGAAUUCCAAGAUUGUUUUGGUGAUUCUUUUAUGAAUGUGGUGUGAUCGUUGAUUUAGGUGUUUUGGGGAGUUUUGUGUAGCUUCGAGCUUCCAGGUGCCAUUAGGCAUUAUU